AUGAUCGCCAAUCUGCCGUUACUUUUAGCGAACGGCAACCCUAGGGCAUUAUCAACUAUUUCAGCAGCCGAGCUCGAGAAAUUCAUAACGUUUAUGGUGACUUGUUCCUGGGGCCACGACACUGCCAAAGACAUCCGCCAGCCACCUUGGUGGCCACAAGACGUAGAAUUUUCGCAUCCUUUUAUGAAACCGUUGGUAGUGCCAGAGGAUUGGGAAGCACGAUUAAAGAAUCUAGUGAGAAAAUGUUACGAUUAUCACAAAAGCACUUUUUUACUAGUGUUCUCGGCACAGCUUGCACGGUACCCACAGAAGAGGCUAAGGUACGUCGACAAUCGUGAUCACACCACCUCCCUUUAUUAUAGGCCUAGUGGACGUCUACUUGCGACUUUUAGAAAUGAAAACUUAUACUAUGAUAGGAGAGAGUUAAUUAAAAAAGAAGAACCACUGGUGAAGUCUGCUGAUAUAUAUCUGUGUGACAGUUGUGACAGCCAUUUUGACAAUUUAGACAUAUUAGAAGCCCACGAGAGGCUGUGCAACAAUGACAGUGUGCCUUCUGGUACAUGUAGUGGUGGUUUAUCAGAAUUUCUUUCAGCUUUAAAACUGAAACCUACACAGGAGAGCGGAGAGGGGGCUAAUGUUAAAAAUAUUGAAGAGGAUACAAAACCAAAAAAUACUAGAACAGCUGCCAAUAUUGAUAGAGGUCCACCUUAUCCUUUCUCUUCUUUGGCUUAUAUGAGGAAUGCUAAAACACACAUUCAGAGGGAUAACACCUAUGCAAGAGAAAGAAUUGAGAGGUACUGUUGUACAUCUACUCUUUUUAACAAAAAUGUAGCUAGUAAAAGUAGAAAUAAUCAGUUUCCUAUUAGAUACAGGAGACCUAUAGACUAUUGGCACCGUACCCACACAUUUCCUAACCAGAGAAAUAAGGAAAUACUUGAUUUGAAAGGCCAACUUCUUUUGUUAAAGUGUAAGCCGAUAUCUGUAAAUAUUGAAAGGAUGUCAGCGAAGAGUAUUCAGGACUACAUUGAGAAGCUACAGAAAGAAGCAGAAAGUAAAAUGCAUUGUAUAGAAGAAAAGGACAUAGUGUAUGUUGAUGGGUUGGACUUAGACUCACCAAUGGAUGUAGAUAUGAAAAGUUCUGACCCACUUAAGAGAUUAGAUAAUGACUGUGAAGUGAUUGACUUGUGUUCAGAUGAUGAGACUCCUAGUGGGAAUGAGAAUUGUGAUCCCAGAGCUGGGAUCACAUGUGUGAUGCGUGGUGGUGCUGUGUUACGGCGCACUGCUGCAACACCACAUGCACUGCCAGCAGAGCCCUGUGGUGCACGUCAGCGCCCUCUACCUACUCUACAGCAUCUGCCCUCUGCUAUCCUGCAACCACAUCCUGUGAUCCUUAUUACACAUACUCUGAACAAUUUACAAACUAUAUCCAUAGAUUGA